AUGGGCACAGUGACCUUCCUGAAGACCUUGACAGCUUUAGCCAGCUUCUUGGGGGCUAUUUUCCUGCUCACAGCCACUGUCUUCUUCUCAUGCCUUGUCCUGGGGGCCCAGCUGCUGGUUGAAUGUGAAGGAGCCAAAGUGCUGCACGUGAACUACGACCUCACCAAGAACUACCUGGACCUGGUGGUGACCUACACGUCUGUCAUCCUGUUGCUGUCACAUAUCGAGGACCGCAAAGCCCUGAUUGGGAUGUACAACUGUGCCCAUGAGAUGAUCCAGGGCAGCGGCGACCCCUGCUACGCUCGGCUGGCCCAGAUGGUGCUGGAGUAUGACACCCCACUCAAGGAACUCACAGAGGAGUUCGGGCCUCACAGCAAGGCCGUGACCAGUGCACUUCUGUCUCUCCAUUUCCUCUUUGUCCGGAGGAACCAGUCAGCCGAGCAGUGGUGCAGCGACCAGCUCCUGAGCCUGAUCAGCAACUCAGCCACCAUGCUGAGCCCGGCCAGCUCGGAUGUCACGGCCUGCGAGUACCUGUCGCUGGAGGUGAUUGAGCGCUGGAUACUGAUUGGCUUCCUCCUGUGCCACGGCUGCCUGAGCUCGAACCCGCAGUGCCUGGAGCUGUGGAAGCUGGGCCUGCAGGGCUCGCUCUAUAUCAGCCUCGUCCGUGACGACGCCCUGCAGCUCCACAUGGUCACCGAGGAGUUCUUCGGCCGUCUGAAAGGGUAUGGGAAGCGGGAGGCCGAUGUCAAGGAGUGCAAGGAGCACGCUGUGACGCACAGUGGCCAGUUGCACUGGAACCGGCGGGCUUUCCUGCGCAACGCAGUGCUGGAGCUGGAGGUGCUGCUGAGCGACCAGCCGGGGCUGCUGGGCCCCAAGGCUCUCUGCGUCUUCGUGGCGCUCUCCUUGUGCCGCGACGAGGUGAACUGGCUGGUGUGUCACGCUGAGCAUGUCACCAAGACCCCUGAGGACUACGCUGGCAGUCACAUUGCCGAGCUGCUGUUCCUCAUGGAGCAGCUGCGUACCCUGGUGCACAGGCAUGGCCCAGUGAUCCAGUGCCACCACGUCCAGUACCUGGCUCGCUUCGACGCCCUGCUGCUCAGCGAUAUCAUCCAGAAUCUGACCGUCUGCCCUGAGGAGGAGUCCAUCAUCAUGUCAUCCUUCAUCAGCACCCUGUCGUCUCUCACCUUGAAACAAGCUACCCAGCUGCUUCUCUUUCCUGCAGUGGACAAAAAGGAGAAGUUCGACUUCUCAGGGCUUCGCCUGGACUGGUUCUGGCUGCAGGACCACAUGAGCUGUGCUGAUGUGUCCUUCUACCGCAACAGUUUCUAUGUCCGCACCUUCGAGAAGCUGUUUGCUCUGACCAUGGAGGAGCCGGCCAUGCUGCGCUUCACCAUCAUCUUCCCGCUCGUCUGCAGCCACUUUGCCCACGGCACCCACCCCAUGUGUCCAGAGGAGUAUCCCCACCUGAAGAGCUGCAGCCUGGGUCUAUGCAACAGCUUCCUGGAAGAGAUCGCCAAGCAGGCUGCCAACUGCAUCAGAGCAUGUGCCGAGCAGCGCAAACUCAGUGAGCAGCUACUGCCCAAACACUGCACCUCCACCAUCAGCAAGGCCCAGAACAAGAAGGCCCAGAAGCAGCCCCGCAACAAGGGGGAGCCGGAGCGGGACAAGCCAGGGGCUGAGAGCCAGAGGAAGGACCGGAUCAUGGUGAGCAACAUGGACAAGCUGCACCAGGUGCUGAGCGAGCUCUCCCUGAGCAUCAGCCACGUCCCCAGCUUCACCGUGUUCGAGCGCAUGGUCACACCGGCCGAAUAUCUCAGCAGCCACCUGGAAACGCGGCUCAACAGAUCCUUCGUGUGGAUGGCCAGCUACAACCAGGCUACGCAGGAGAUUGCGCGGCCCUCUGAGGUGCUGGCUGGCCUGUGCUCCUACCUCGCCUUCAUCCAGUCGCUGAGGCAGUUCACGUGCGUGGACUCCAGCCGCAUCAUCCACAAUGUCCUGCUUCAGCAGACACAACCCCUGGACUCCAGCGGGGAGCAGACCCUCACCACCAUCUACACCAACUGGUACCUGGAGGCACUGCUGCGCCAGGCCAGCACUGGGACCAUUGUCCAGGGCUGGCUCCAGACACCAACCCAUCAAGCACGUGCUUUGGGCAGCACCUCGAGACCAGGCGGCCCUCGGGGUUUGGUCUGGGGUUUUUUUGGUUCGGCCGCGCAGCGCUGGGGGGACGGGGACUUGGGCGACGCUCAGGGGGCGGGGCGAGGCGGCGCUAUUUGUUUUCACUUGUGA